CGCGAUGGUUGUUGUCGGCGGUGGUUAUGGAGAUGAAAUGGGACUGCGAGCUGUCAACAUUACGGUGAUGUUUGUGAUGUUAGAUAUCAGGUAUAAAAAUUCAUCAGAGGGAUGCCCAGGAAGAUAGGAUUCAUUGUGGUCAACUCUUCAAGUCAUGAGGACAAUUUCAGUGCCAAGGAGCUCAUGGUCCAUGCACCCACAGUCAAUGGCUGGAGAUCCAGCAGGUUGUGCCCCUACCCUCAGCACAUCACCCUCCAGCUGGUGGAAAGAAGCAGGGUGAGAAAACUGCAGCUGCUGGCCCACCAGUACCUGAUCCCAGCCAAGGUGGAGUUCCACAUUGGAGACACCCUCCCUGAAAUCAACACCUCAGGGAUCCCUGGGCAGCUUCGCAGACUCGGGUAUGUGUCUUUGUCAGACAAUGAGAAGACAGGCUUCAAAGCCCGGGAACUGAAGUCAGUCCAUGUAGACGCCAUCGGAACCUACCUGAGAAUAACCUUCCAUAGGAACCAUGCCAACCAUUACAAUCACCACAAUCAGGUUGCUUUGGUUGCCAUUAACGUUCUGGGAGAUUCUCUGGAUGGCAACGCUUUUAACACAGUUCCAAGCAGAGAGCAGCUGAUCGAACACUACCUCAACAGUACCCAGCUGGAGGCCGCCUUGGACACGACCUUCAUGGGCAAAUGUGAGUCCAUCUCCCCCUUGGACGACCUGGCCUUUGACAUGUACCAGGACCCCGAAGUUGCCCACAUCAUCCGACUCCUGGACCAAAAGAAGCAGGACAUGGUACGGCAGGAGAAAUUUGAGCAGGCCAAGAAUCUGAAGCAGGCCAUCGCAGACCUGCAAAAGGUGGGGGAGCGCUUGGCUCGGUAUGAUGUUGAAAAGCGAUGUGCAAUUGAAAAGGAAGAUUAUGAUCUGGCCAAGAAGAAGAAGGAGCUGAUGGAGGAGUACAGGAGGAGUGUCUACCAGCAGCUGGAGGUCCACAACUUGCUGGACAAGGCAACGAUCACACAGGCCACAGAUUCAUCCCCAACCCGGGAUCCUCCCUCCCUUCUGCCUUCUCCAAGUCACCAUUCGGUCCCUACCGAGCCCCUUGUGUCCUCAGACACAUUCAGGAAGGGGAAGAAACCUAAUGCUCAUCAGAACCAACAGUCAGACGCAGGAACUGUUGCAUCCAAACUGAGCAGCCAACCUGACACGCCAUGCACACCUGCUGUUGUGCCCAAGCUUGAUGUAACCAGUGUGCCUUAUGAUGAGAGGCCGCUACCAGCCCUUCAGAGGAAAGACUGGCCUGUGGAGUCCAUCCCGAGCCCUGCAGAGCAGCACUCGCCCCAACCUGAUGCCCAAAGGACUCCACGCAGCCCUGUGAUAAGCGGAGAGCCAGAGCCCCUGACAGAGAAGGCCCAGAGAGAGGCUGGUCUUCCAAUAGAGGUCUAUGGAGAAAGCCUGGUGGCUGGGGCGUAUUCCAAAACCUGGUCUCACAGAGAGGAUGCUCUCCUGGCUGUGCACAAAAAGCUUUUGGAGCUGUCACCCUCCACCCCCAAGGAGGAGCUGAGAAACAUGAUACGAGCUGCAGUCGUCCUGGUCAAGAAGGCCCUCCUGGAUAAAGUAUCAUCUGUUUUUCACGCCUCCUUGAAGUUGCUACGGCUUCUGCUGAGCCAGCUGAUCCCAAGUCUGGGGCUGGGCCGGGCAGAGGUGACCUACUGCAUAGAUCAGACUUGGCCCAACCUGCUGUCAAAGACUGGAGACUCAGCCAGCCGCCUCCGGGGCGCGGCCACUGCCUUCAUACAGGAAAUUGCUGUUUUGAAGGAUGUACGCACCCUGCAGGUAAUCCCUGGAGAGCUGGUGAAGCCCUUCAAAUCCAACUUCCCCUCUCGUCUGGCUCAGAGUCGGGCCGAGCUGCUCGAGAAGCUACUUGCUGAACUGGGCACAGAUAAUUCUGGCUUCACCCUGGACAACGUCAUGAUGUUCUGUACAGCAGCUUUGGAGCACAAUACAUCAGAGGUUCGAGAGCUGGCAGUACGUGUCAUCUUAUCCAUGUACCAGCAGCACAGAGCUGCUGUUCUCAACUACCUUCCACCAAACAAUGCUGCUGCACGGAAGAACUUCCUCUUCAAAUCCCUCUUUGACGGCUUUGCCAAGAUUGAUGGAAAGCUGGUGGACACUCAGACAUUGAAGAAGGGAGGUGGUCAGCAGGAUGGGCAAAAAGAAAAGGAGGAGAUCCACUCCCUUCAGGAGCAGCUGGCUGCCUUGAAAGAGAUCACAGAGAGAGGGGCUGAAACCACCAAAGAACAAACACCUGAGAAAGAAGCUCCCAAAAAUGAGUCCCCAGAAGCUGGCAAACCAACUGUCACAAAAGUGCUGCAGAACAAGGUAACAGAUGAUAUUGAUGUCCAACAAUCUAUCAGCUAUCUGGACAACUUGUGUAUAUUUUGCGGCAAAAAGGAUGAGUCAUUCACUGAGGAUGGACUGGACCUUCACUACUGGAAACACUGUCCUAUGCUGAGACGCUGCGAUGAAUGUAGACAGGUAGUCGAGAUAGCCAGCCUCACAGAGCACCUGCUGGGGGAAUGUGAAAACAGCUCCAGGUUCAGCCAGUGCCCACGCUGCUCAGAGGCCGUGGCUACUGAAGAUCUGACUCGCCAUGCCCAGGGACCCGCCUGCAACCCCCCCAUCUCGGGUAAAGGCUCCAACCACUGUCCUUUGUGUCACAACAACUUCACACCUGGAGAGAAGGCCUGGAAGGCUCACCUCAUGGGCAGGGAGGGCUGUAAACAAAACUCACGCAGGACUGCGGUGUCCCAGAGAACUCAGCCAGCACAAGGCAGGACUGUUGGUGGAGCCAGGCUGAAGCAGGCGUGGUCAGUCGGGGCCAGAGCCAGGCCUAUGGGCAGAGGAAGCCGGAUCCCUGCCCUGGCACCUCUGGCCAGAGGACAUCCACCAGGGAAGCACUGAAACUGGUUCGAAGCACCCCACUCCUAUAUUUCCAGGAUGUCUCGGUUUUCAGGCUCUAAUUUGUCAUACCGCCCACUGCCCUUUGGAGCCACUAUGGUGGGGAUUGUUACAGCUUAAAGGGUUUGUCCAUUGAUCCGGUAUUGUACAUCCAUUUAGUUUAAGUAACUCAAAAGGGAUCUGAUAAAAAAAAAAAAAAGACCCCCUAACGCCAUCUUCUUAGACCUUGUCUGCCAGGUAGAUAGGACACCUUUUGCGUGCAAUGCAGGGUUACUCUUAUAAAUGUGUUUUUACCGAACCCAAGCUAAUAUAACCCUGAUGACAUCACUAUGACAUCAUUAGUGUUAUUUUAUCAGACUUGACAAGGCAAGUAAACUAACUGCCCUACAAAAGUGAUCCGUUGCUGCUAUAAUUUUGAACAUUUUAUUUUUAAAAAACAUAAAAAUGGGCAAUUUGUUUCCAUUUAGAAAAUGAUUUCAGCAUAUUCAGAAUUAUAUUUAGACCAUAAACUCUUCAGUUAAACCAAAUAAAACUAAUACAAUGACCACUUCCCAUUAUAACCAGUGUUAUCCCAUUCAGCGUGUAAUCAAUCUCUUAACAGAGCACGGUGACAGCAACUGACACUCAGAAACACUGCUCUUAUAGAGGCAGCAAUUAGAGGAGACGAGGAGUGAGGUUUAGUUACAAGCAGAGGACUUUCUUUUCGUGGCAACGCGCCAGCAGCCUUAAGCCUCUGACGAUCUGAGUGUAGCUUUACCAUCAGCUUUGUGCUUUGCCAUCUGUUUGCAAUGCUCUGGUCAUUUCUUGCCAUAAACAAAGGAUAACGAAGGAAUGAAGACGCACUUUGCCAAAGGGAUGAUGUUGAAUUUUCAGUUUAGUAUGAACUUAAUUUAUUUCCCUGCUUAACACCUACUGACAAUCUUGAGUAGACAGCAGUUUUAUAUGCUCUACAAGUCCAUUGAGAGAGACAAAAUAAACCUUCUAACUUAACUUAUUGAAACUGAAAUAAAAACAAAUCCACAGUGGACAUGAAUGUACUAUAUACAGUGGAAUAUUUGUAACACCUAUUUUUCUCCAACUUCUGCUGGAUAUGACUGAGACGGACAGUUCAAAGCACAUCAAACUGACUUUCAAACACAAAACUCAGAGUUUAAGAACAAUGGUUUGCAAGAUUUGUCACUAAUUCUACAAUUUUACUACUUCUAUUGUCCUGCACAGUGUUAUGACGAUGUUGAUUGUAUUAUAUAUUAGUGAUUCAUUCACACUCACAAGAGCUAAAACAGAAACAUUUGUAAGACUACUCUGAGAUGUUUUUGAAUAUUCUUUUGCAAAUUGUAAUAUUAGUGGGGCAAAUUCUUUAUUAAUGUGUGUGAUAACACUUGCUGUUACAUCAGUGGAGAAACAAGUUAAAUAUAGGGGAUGUAUAUGAGAGUAUAUUUGGUUUUAACUUCACAAUCCAUCACUUUGGCUUUAACACGCUUCUGUAUUGGAGACUAUUGCAGCAAAUUAUAUUUUUCGUGUUUUUUAUGUAGUGAGUAUUUUCUGAAUAAGAAUCCUCAAAUGGCUAUUUUUUUCUGCAGAAGUAUCUGUAUUUGUUUAAAUAAAGUAAACAACAUUUAGCUAAACAUUGCAGAU